UGCUGCAAUAAAAUUUUAUUAACGUACUAAGCGCCAAAUCUUUUGCUAAUUGCAAGGUUUUGUUUAUUUCUUUUGUUUUAUUUCUUUUGUUUGUAUAUAAAUUUUGAAAAUGUCGAGACAUCGUAAUAUAAAAAACUUGGAUUUAGCAGAAUAUGAUUAUGAAGAUGAGCCGGCACAAGAAGAGUUGACAGAUGAACAAGAAGAACAAUUUCGAGAAGCAAUUGCUGCUGUCCAAGAAACUCUCGAUGGGCUUCCAGUGACAACAAAAGAAAUAGCCGAUACCGUAUGGUACUAUUUUUUUGAUGUGGAAAAAUCCAUCAACUAUCUAUUGAAAAGCUGUACUACGAAAGCUGCAGCGCAAAAAGAAAAAGAAGAAUCAGAAAAAAAGAAACAAAAUAAACAAGAGCAAAAUUCCACUGCCGGAAACCGCCCCUCCAGCAAAAAGACCCCUGUCCCACUUGAUGCUUCUCUAGAGAAGCUGAAUUUGGACGGUAAAGAACAGACACACGAGACGGCAAAGGGUUUAGAGGAAACUCAGAAAGUAAGAAAGCAAGAGUCUUCAGCGUUAAUAGAUGUUCCAAAGAUCUACGAAGAGUCUCACCCUAAACCCGUUGUCCAUUUGGUGGUUACUGGACAUGUUGAUUCGGGUAAAAGUACCAUGCUUGGAAGGAUUAUGUAUCAACUGGGUGAUGUAAAUAGUCGGUCUAUGCAAAAACUUCACAAUGAAGCUGCCAAUCAAGGGAAGGGCAGUUUCUCCUAUGCUUGGUUACUUGACUCUACGGAUGAAGAGCGUCUUAGAGGUGUCACCAUGGACGUUGCGGCUACCUCUUUUGAAAGCAAAAAGCAAAUUUAUGAGGUUGGAGAUGCUCCUGGACAUAAGGAUUUUAUUUCAGGUAUGAUAGCUGGAGCUGCUUCCGCGGAAUUUGCAAUUUUAGUAGUUGACUCUUCUCAAAAUAAUUAUGAGCGGGGCUUUUUGGCGAAUGGCCAAACUCGAGAGCAUGCUUAUUUACUACGUGCCCUGGGUGUGUCUGAAGUCGCUGUUGCUGUGAAUAAACUAGAUCUCAUAUCUUGGUCAUCGGAUCGCUAUUUUGAAAUAAAAAGUUCCAUUUCUGACUUCUUGGUCCGAAUGGUUGGGUUCAAAGAGGAAAACGUUCAUUUCAUCCCAGUUUCUGCUGUCUCUGGUGUAAACCUCAUAGAAAAGCAAUCCUCGCCGCUCUAUAAUUGGUAUGAUGGUCCAACGUUAAUAGAAGUUUUAGAUAAUUUCAUCCCUCCAUUAAAAUCCUACAGAGGACCUCUCCGGGUUUCUGUUUAUGAUACUUAUCGGUCUGUGCGAGGUGCCACUGUCUCAGGAAGAGUUGAGUCUGGUAGUAUACAGAAUGGCCAGGUUUUAUACAAUGUUUCUUCACAAGAGGAUGCUUAUGUCAAAAGUGUUAUGCGCAAUUCUGACCCAUCUGUUUCCUGGGCUGUUGCUGGAGAUAGCGUUACCUUGCAGUUGACGGACAUAGAACCAAACCAAAUUAGCCUCGGAGAUAUAUUGUCUACUUACAAUGACCCUGUAAAACGUACUAAAUCUUUUAUCGCUGAAAUCCAAACUUUUGACAUACUUGGUCCAAUUUUGUCAGGGUCGACAUUAGUACUCCAUCGCGGUAGAACUGUUGCUUCGGUCUCUGUGAAAAUAAUAAGUGUUAAUGGUAAAAAGGCUAGACACAUUACUAGUCGAAAGCGCGCAUCUAUACAAGUUAACUUUUUGGAUGGUUCAUAUCCAGUAUGUCCAUCCGAAGAAAGCUCUUCGCUGAGUAGAAUCAUUCUUCGACGAGAUGGAAAUACAAUUGCUGCUGGAAUAGUCAAAACUAUUCUUUAAUAAAUAAAUAAAGAACUACUAUUCAGAUGAUUAAACUAUAAUGAAUAAGAAAAUUUCAUAACAUAAAUGCGAUAAUAAAUUAAAUCAAAAAAGA